GUGAACGCGCCACGGAGCUAGCGACCCGGAAGUUAUUCCAGUUCCCAACGUGUGUGUGGCGAGGUAGCUGCGCGCUAACGUGGUAAGAUCAUGGGAAAGUCCAAACAGGUCGGGAAGCACAGUAAAGGCAAGAAGAAGAACAUUUCCAAGACAUGGAAGACUAAGCGCAGGACGAAGGACCUUGACCAGAUCCAUGCAGACAUGAUCCCCACAAAUGCUGUCAAGUUACUAAAGCAAGAUGUAAAUUAUGAUGUUACAGGAUGUGCUCAGAAUUACUGUCUGCACUGCGCGAGAUAUUUUGUCGAUUUGAAAACCCUGAAGGAGCAUUUCAAGUCCAAACCUCAUAAAAAACGAUUGAAGCUGCUGAGGGAAGAGCCAUAUACACAGGCCGAGGCAGAGCGGGCAGCAGGAAUGGGCUCCUACAUCCCACACAAAACUGUAGAGGUUCACACACAGCAGGUCGAGGAAGAUAUGGACUGAAAGAUGACUUUGGUCUGCCUCUCUGUGGACUCUUGCUCUUCUGAAAAAAUAUAUUCUUGAAAAAUAUAAAAUGAAUUGAUAUUAUUUUGAUGACUGUUCAUUGACAAUUCUCUGUAAAUUAAGACUUGUUUGAUUUUGGAGAAGUCCUGGAACAGCUGGCUACAGUUACGUACUUGUUGUGAAAUUAAAUUGGUAAACAACAAGCAACCAUCUUGGACUGAAAGCCUCACAAAGUUCAUUAUGUAUGUGAAUAUAAACUCACCAAAAAGACAAA